AUUAAAAAUGAGCCAAAACGUUAAAUUAUAAGCGUGCUAGCCGGUACCUCUAGGGGCGCCGUGAUACAAAAUCAUCUCAACUCAACACAGUCAGCGGAAAUGGACCACCGGCUUCCGGUAAUGAACGUCAACACAUAACUAACAGUGAAAGACGAAACGGAGAAACUGCGCCUCAAAUAUAAUUCACCACUCCGAACUUCCUAGCUGUCGCUUGCCAUGCUCUGACUAAUCUCUAAUUUACAACCAGAGAGUUGUCUGAUUAACGUGGCAUCUGUUCAGUGAACUGCUCAGUCUUGAGCUACUAAGAGCACCAAAGCGCCGGUGCUCCCCAGCAAGCUGAGCCGUCACCAUGGAAACCCAAACUGACGUUAUUCCUAUCUGGCAGAACAAGCCUCAUGGAUCCACUCGCAGUGUGGUUAGGAGAAUAGGCUCCACCCUUCCACUCAAACCCCCACAAAGGGCGUGUUUCCAGGAACUACCAGGCCUGCCUGCUCUUCGCCCUCGGGACGGCCCCAUGGUUCCCACCUUGGCUGAUAUUGCCUGGAUUGUUGCAGAUGAAGAGGAGACGUAUGCCAGAGUGCGGAGUGACAGUCGCCCUCUGAAACACGAGUGGAGGCCCACGCCGCUCCUGGUGCUACACAGGAACUCGUCGGUGCCCAACUUCCGACGUGAGGGCAAGCGGGUGGAGGGCCUGAAGAAGCCCGGGCUAACUGCGCUCAACCGCACCACCGCUCUGCAGGAUGAGCUGGGCAGACUGAGAGCACAGAUUGCAAAGAUUGUUUCCGGCGAUACUGGCUCCAACCCCUUGACUCCUGACCUGCUCUCCCCCGACGACACCACGAUGAGCUUUUCAAUGGCGGCCUUUGAGACCGCCCCCUACCAGCCGGCGGCCGCGGCAGCCGCCUCUUUCGUCAUUAGCGACGUCACCGAGGAGGACGAAGAGGAGGAGGAAGAUGACGACGACAAGGACAUGGUGUCCGUGGUCUCAGAGUUGGUCCCUGACCCCCUGCCGACAGUUUCCAUGACGGCAUCGGCCACCUUCGACCUGGACAGGCCCAGCAUGGACUACCGCGAGGCGGAGGAGGACACAGUGUCGCUGUCCAAGUCCACCAGCUUUGCCGACGUUAUGGAUAUACUGAAGGACAUGAACCGCAUGAAGAUGAGCAAAGACAGGUAUAACAGAGGCUGUACGUCCUUGAGAGAAGAGGACUCGGCCUCUCUGAUCUCCGAAGCUCUGAGGAAAAAGUUUGUCCUGAAGGAAGAAGACAGCGUUGCCGUGAUGCGGAAGUAGCUCAUCCUCGCUUGCUGGUCCUGCUACUCCAUGCCUUUUCCCAUGAACUGUCAUGGACUGCAACCUUGCUCCUCAGACCUUAAUGCAGUAGCUGCCUGCUGCCAGUUGGUAAACAAAUCUGUAUCACACAGUCUAUUUCUCGCUCCAGUUUUCAGAACAAUGGCUCAACAGACUGUUUCAAGUGACCAGUGGCAACUUUUAGGAGCACUUUUUACCCAUCCAGCAUUGAAAAGGGGGGUUUUAAAUUGGAAAUGUACCCAGUUCUGUAUUAUACUUGAAAAUGUUUGCGAGUAUACACACAAAUUCUCUUUUGUUGUCAGAUGGUUAGAAACAUGAGAGAGGCUAUCAUCAGGUUUAAAAUAAGUGUGUACAUUUAGCCUAUAUUCUCUAAAGCAGGGGUGGGGAACCUGUGAGCCACAUAGAACCCCCCUAGACUGAGCGGUUCUCCAACGGUCCAAUUUGUGAGCUGCAUCCAGCAAUUUGCAAUCAAUUAUGUUGUAUAAUUUUUUAAAAUGUCCUCACCUCCAUCAGUUCCAUAUGCCCCAAUAAAACAAACUACUUCUCCCUUCCUAAAGAUUUCAAUGUUAAGUGGUGCUAAAGCCAAACUGGCAACAUUAGGAAAAUAUAAAAAGAGUGAAACAUUAAAAAAAAAAGAUCAUCCAAGGUUUUUGGGGUACACGUAGUUAAAGUAUGGUUACAUUUUCAAUGAAGU